UGCAGAGGAAAAGGAGAUAUUUCGAGCCCCAUUCAAAUAUUCAGAACGAUAAUGAACAAUUACAGAACUAUUGUGCAGAUGCAGAUCAAACUGGAAAUUCAGAAAGACACAUCAAUACAUAUAUGGAAAAAGAAGUCUUGUCAUCUAAUUCUAAGAUUCAAAGUCAGGCUGUGAUUGGACAUGCAAGUAUAACACCUUUUAAUUGUGGGUUAUGCACCAAAGUGUUCAAAGACUUGAAAACCUUACAGAAACACAUUCGAAACCAUACAACUGAUGAAGCUUUUCAAUGUGAUUUCUGUUUAAAGAACUUCAGCCUGUCUCGUAACUUAAUCAAACAUAAAAGAAUACAUACUGGAGAAAAACCUUAUAAAUGUGAUGUGUGUGGGAAAGCAUUCAGCCAGUCACAACACUUACAGACACACAUGAGGAUACAUACAGAUGGAAAAAGAAGUCUGGUCAUCUAAUUCAAAGAUUCAAAGUCAGGCUGUGAUUGGACAUGCAAGUAUAACACCUUUUAAUUGUGGGUUAUGCACCAAAGCGUUCAAAGACCUGAAUACCUUACAGAAACACAUACGAAAGCAUACAACUGAUGAAGCUUUUCAAUGUGAUUUCUGUUUAAAGAACUUCAGCCUGUCUCAUAACUUAAUCAAACAUAAAAGAAUACAUACUGGAGAAAAACCAUAUAAAUGUGAUUUGUGUGGGAAAGCAUUCAGACAGUCAAUACACUUACAGGGACACAUGAGGAUACAUACAGGUGAUAAACCUUAUAAAUGUGAUGUGUGUGGAAAGGCAGUCAGUCAGCCACAUAGCUUAAAGAGUCACAUGAUGAUACAUACAGGUGAUAAACCAUAUAAAUGUGAUGUGUGUGGGAAAGCAUUCAGCCAGUCACAACACUUACAGCGACACAUGAGGAUACAUACAGGUGAUAAACCUUAUAAAUGUGAUGUGUGUGGGAACGCAUUCAACAGAUUAAAUGCCUUACAGACACACAUGAGGAUACAUACAGGUGAUAAACCUUAUAAAUGUGAUGUGUGUGGAAAGGCAGUCAGUCAGCCACAUAGCUUAAAGAGACACAUGAGGAUACAUACAGGUGAUAAACCUUAUAAAUGUGAUGUGUGUGGGAAAGCAUUCAGCCAGUCACAACACUCACAGCGACACAUGAGAAUACAUACAGGUGAUAAACCUUAUAAAUGUGAUGUUUGUGGGAGCGCAUUCAACAGAUUAAAUGCCUUACAGACACACAUGAGGAUACAUACAGGUGAUAAACCGUAUAAAUGUGAUGUUUGUGGAAAGGCUUUCAACAAUUUAAGUAACUUAAACUGCCACAUGAAGCUACACACAGGUGAUAAAUCUUAUCAAUGUGAUGUGUGUGGGAAGGCAUUUACCCAAUCGCAGAACUUACACAAACACAGAAGGAUACAUACAGGUGAAAAACCUUAUAAAUGUGAUGCGUGUGGGAAAGAAUUCAGCCAGACAAAUCAAUUACAGACACACAUGAGAAUACAUACAGGUGAUAAACCUUAUAAAUGUAAUGUGUGUGAGAAAGCAUUCAGCCAGACAAAUCACUUACAGACACACAUGAGAAUACAUACAGGUGAUAAACCUUAUAAAUGUAAUGUGUGUGAGAAAGCAUUCAGCCAGACAAAUCAAUUACAGACACACAUGAGAACACAUACGGGUGAUAAACCUUAUCAAUGUGAUGGACAUUCUGGUGAUAAAUCUUUUCAAUGAGAUGUGUGUGGGAAGGCAUUCAACAAUUCAGGAAACUUACAGACGCAUAUGAGGACACAUGUGAUAAACCUUAUAAAUGUGAUGUGUGUGAGAGAACAUUCAGCCAGACAAUACGCUCACAGACACACAUGAGGACACAUACAGGUGAUUAUCCUUAUAAAUGUGAUGUGUGUAGCAAGGUAUUCAUCCAAUUACAGAACUUACAGAACACAUGAGCACACAUACUGGUGAUAAAUCUUAUAAAUGUGAUGUUUGUGGGAAGUUAUUCACCUGGAAAGAUAACUUAAAGGGACACAUGAGAAUACAUACAGGUGAUGAACCUUACAAAGGUGAUGUUUGUGAGAGAUAAUUCAAAUAUGCCAACGAUAUAAAAAGACACAUGAGGACACAUACUGGAGACAAACCUUAUAAAUGUGAUGUGUGUGGCAAAGAAUUUAGGCAGACACAUCACUUACAGAAACACAUGAGGACACAUACAGGUGAUAGAUCUUAUAAAUGUGAUGUUUGUGGAAAGUUAUUCACCCGGA